AUGACUAAGCACAACAUCACCCAAUAUCCUUCUGAUCUUCUCUUCUCCACACUCCCGUCACUUGCUAUCCCCAAGUUCGAAACACCAAUUGGAGCCAAAACCGCCAUUGCUCUACCAUCCAAGAUGGUACUCAACGACACGUCACCGCAGUCCGAGUCCGGAACCUCCAGCGCGUCAUCUCAAAAUGGCUCCGAAUCAUACAGCAGCGGCUACAUCCCAAUACCCGGGUAUCCCCUCGUGCUCAAGACCGAAUGCCUUUCCCGCCCCGACCUAUUCACGCUGUACUUCGGCUUCUUCGGCCAGAGCAACUGGCUGCACAAGAACAGCGCACACGUCCGCGACCGCAUAGAAUCGUGCAAAGUCAUGAUCAACCGGCUCCCCACGCAGGAAGAGCUCGACGCCUUCGUCUACCACGGCAGCAAAUACAUCUACCACCAGCGCCUCGGCGCGCCCUACUCCGGCGCCAUUGGCACGGCGUACCUGUACUGGCGCGUGCGCAACUCAGGCGUCGUCGCGCACCUUGCCCCCGGCUUGAAACCGGGACAGAAGCCGUCGCCGGCGCAGGUGCUUGCGGCUGUGAAGCUGUACUCGACGAUUGAGCCGGCGAAUUUCAGACAGUUGAUGGUUUGGGGAUCGUUUAGGUGGCUCUUCUGGGUGGCGGCGGGUUCGGUGGUGACGGGUGUGUGGGGGAUGUUCCAUGAUCUGAAGGAGACAAUGGGUGAUCCAAGGCUAAAGCAGUUCUUUGCGGAGAUGCGCGACAAGGAUCCAGAGGAGGUGCGCAAGCGGAAGAUCCAGAGGGUUGUGGAGAGAAAUAAAGCGGCCAAGGAGGCGGCGGAGCGGCGGGCGCAGGGCUUGCCGCCUGUAGAGGUUGGGAUGGAUCAGGGUGCCAGUGCGGGAGGGGGUUACGCUGAAAGCCAAGAGUAUGGCCAGGGUGCUGGGCCGUAUGGGUCUUUGGAUUCUUACUCUUCUUCCUCUGCACGGGAGUCUGCUCCGUCGGCGUCGUGGGAUAAGCCUGCUAAUCUGGGGCGCUUGUACGGUGAUAGGUCCUCGACAGAGGCGAUGCGUGGUGUUACUUCUGUCGAUCAGAACAAGGGUACGGACUUCUUCGAGAGCGAUGAUGCGAGUCCCGUUGCGGCGGAGUAUCGAUUAGGCGGGGACUCGCAAGGAAGUGCCUGGGAUCGCAUCAGACAGCAGGCCGGACAGGAUAGCAGGCUAGGGUCGGCGUGGACUCGGUCCGUCAAUGAGAGGCAACAGCGCGAACAGGAUAGUGGCCCAGGCUCAGCAUGGAGCGGGGUCUCUUCAACACCAGACAGUGAGAGGCGACAGCGCGAACAGGCCCAGGCCGAAUUUGACCGCCUGCUAGAGGCCGAGAGAAACAUGGCCGCCGGUGACUCCGAGGGGAGAGAGAAGAAGGGAUGGGGAAGAUGGAAUUGA